AUGGCAGCGGAGAAAAGCGGUCUCGAAAAGGAGAUUGGUGUCUCUCAACUCGAGAACGUUGAUUCCAACAUUCACAAUGAGAUUGAAGAGAUCCAAGCCUUCGGCAAGACAGCCAAAGUCGUGCAGACCCAAGAUUCCCGCUUCGCCGCUGUCAUCGCCCGGCACAAGGAUGCUGCCUCGCCGUGGUCCAAGUCGCUCCUCCGCCUGUACCCCAUCCUCUUCGUGGCGUUUAUGAACUCGGCGGCCAACGGCUUCGAUGGCAACACCUUCGGUGGCGUGUCCAGCGUGACGGAGUUUCAGAAGCGCUUCGGCACCAACGUCGCCGCGAACAACGGCUUCCUGGCCGCCUUGUACAUCCUGGGGAACGUGCUCGGCAGUUUUGUCGCCGGCCCGCUGGCCGACAUUUUCGGGCGGCGGCGUGGCAUGUUCAUCGCCAACAUUGUCGUCUUGAUCGGAAGCGCUGUCCAGGCGGCCGCCAUGCGUCGGCGAGACAUGAUCGCUGGCCGAAUCGUGCUUGGCGUCGGCUCGGUCAUGCUGGGGCCGUCGGCUCAGUCUUACACGGUUGAAAUCUCCCACCCUGCUUACCGAGGCGUGAUGAUGGGUCUAUACAACGGAUGCUAUUUCAUUGGCGCUAUCGUCUCGACCUGGCUCGAGUACGGCAUCGUGAACGACACCAAGGGCGAGCUCAAUUGGAGGUUGCCCAUGGCUGUCCAGGCGGCUCCUUGUAUCAUUGUGCUGGCUUUCAUAUUCUUCUGUCCGGAGAGCCCGCGUUGGCUGAUGUCUCGUGGUCGCGAGGAGGAGGCUCACGCCAUUCUGACCAAAUACCAUGGCGAGGGCGAUCCAAACCACGAGAUCGUACAACUUGAGAUGGAUGAGAUGCGCGACCGUGUCAACACAAGCGGUAGCGACAAGCGAUGGUACGACUAUCGCGAGCUCUUCAACUCCCGCGGUGCCCGCCACCGGAUGUUUCUCGUCCUUUGCGUCGGCUUCUUCGGCCAGAUCGAUCUCCCACCGACCUCGUACUACAUGCCGCUCAUGGCGCAGAACGCGGGCGUGACCAGUGAGAAGCAGCGCCUUCUCAUGAACGCCCUGCAAUCGCCAAUCAUGACCAUUGGGACUCUGCUGGGGGUCAGAUUCAUUGAUAUUGCUGGCCGUCGCCCUAUGCUCAUGGGCUCCAGCAGCGUUUGCUCUUUCUGUGUGCUGAUGCUCGUGAUUUGCUCCGCGUUGCAAAACCAACAUCACGCCCUUGGCCUGGUGGGCAUCAGCUUCGUCUACGUCUUCCUUUUCGCCUUCGCCUUUGUCUGGACCCCAUGUCAGGCCCUGUACCCGGCCGAGGUACUAGCGUACAAUGCCCGCGCCAAGGGCCUCGCGAUGAGCGGCUUGUGGUUGAAUAUUGUCAGUUUCAUCAACACCUACGCGGCUCCGGUGGGGAUGACGAAUGGCGGAUGGAAGUUCUAUAUCUUGUACCUUUGUGUCGACGUCUCGGGGAUUGUCUUCAUCUAUUUGUUCUUUGUGGAGACGAAGGGCCGCUCAUUGGAAGAAAUUGACGAUAUCUUCGCCGACCCGCACCCGGUCAAGGCUUCGCUCAGAAAACAGAAGGUCGUAGUCGCUGUGGAGCAGUGA